AUGCAACCACAAAGCCAAAAGAAUAAAUCGGGGCAUAUCUUUUUUCCAUCUGAAAAUACUCAUUUUAUAGUAUCUGAUCAAAUCGUUGGAGAAAACAACAUGGGAAUAAGAGACUUUCAUAUCAAGCUUAAGGCAUUUCGGGUGAAACGUUUUUUCUUUGGAAGAAGGAGAAAUAAAUGGAGUGCAAACAAGCCUUCAUGGAUGAUUCCAAUAUCACAUGGCCAUCAUGUGGUGGAGCAUCAUGUGAUCAAAGGUGGUUCUGAUGACUCAGAGUUUGAUUCAGUGGUAAUACAGAGGGAGCAGAUGGAUCACACAGAACUGUGGUAUUUUGGAAUCUUUGAUGCUGAAGUUGGAGAUGGAGUUACCAAGUAUAUGCAAUCCCAUUUCUUUGACAAGAAGCUAAAAGAGUGUCAUAUGAGGAAAAAAGGCAAAGAAACACUGAAGAGAGCUUACCUAGGUGUAAGAACAAAGAUCAGAGAGGCACUGAAGCCAGAGGAAGAGACAUGCAGAAUAGGUUCAACAUCAGUGAUGGUGAUAAAUGGAGAAAAGCUUGUGAUAGCCAACAUGGGAGAUUAUAGAACUGUCUUGUGCAGAGAUGGUGUUGCUUAUCAGACAACUGGCAGAUACAAUCUAUCAGCCAAGAGAAAUUGGUAUAGCAGAAUCUUUUCAGUACGCAUGAUAGCUUGUGAAUCAGGCAUGACAACAGGUACAAAGCAUUCUAAAGGCUCAGAACUUGUGGUGGGAGGUGAUAGAAUCGAUUCUGAUACUGAAUUUUUGAUCCUAGCAAGUAAUGGCAUAUGGGAGGUGAUGAAGAACCAAGAGGCUGUGAAUCUCAUAAGACACAUAGAGGAUCCACAAGAAGCAGCUGAGUGCUUGGCAAAGGAAGCUUUGAUUAGGAUGAGCAAAAGCAACAUUUCAUGCUUAAUCAUUCGCUUUGACUAG